AUGGCGGCACUCUUGGGCAGAGGAAGCUUCGGCCGCCUGGGUUCCUCCCGCUCGACGCGCCCCCCUCCCGGCCUGCUCGGUGGCCCUAACAAGCGAGCGGCAGAGGAAGGGCCGGUUCUCGUCUACUGCUUGCCGAGGAACCUCCGCCGAAGACCGCGAGCAGGAAAGGAAGCGGCGAGCGCACGGGGCCCCCUUGGACGACGCCACCACCACCUACAGGCUGGAGGGAUCAACACGGGCCCAGAAACGCGAGCUUCUCCUGCGAUUGCGCCAGCCCUGGCCUCUCCCAACAAAGAGUGGGUGGAGAUCGUUGAGAGAUUCCAGGGAUCUGCCGUGCCUCUCAGUGCUAGUCGUUCCCGCUUCCUUAAAGGCGUCAUCUGUUUGCCUUCCCAUGUGUUUUCUGCGCCCUUCCACCAUUUCUUGCUCCCUUCCCCCCUUGCCUUCUUCACUCUGCAAAGCUCUGGUGUUGUCCGUUGCAUCAGGAAAUGAUUGUGGGAGGAAAUAGCUUGUAGUCACAGCAGGAACUGUAGUCACAGCAGGAGUGACAAGAGGCACAUUCAGAGGUGCAAAGGUGGCGGAGCCCAGGGCCAAGCAGCAUGAGAUAAGUGGUGGCCUCUGGAGAUCCAAGCCAGGUCGGUGUGUGAGAUCUCUCGCUGGGGCAGGAUGUCAGAACCUCAUCUUUCAGAAGAGCCCCCCAACAUCAGCCAAGCCAUAGCUGAAUUAUCAGACUCCUUUGAUGUCUCCCUGCGGGAUGAUGUCAGCUCCCUGGGCUCUGACUCCGAGCUGAAUGGGAUGGCUCCAUAUCGCCAGACUGAUCGCUAUGGCUUUAUCGGGGGCAGCGGCCUCCAGAAUGGCCUAGGUCACCUCUCGGUUGAGCUCAUUCGGCACCGUGAGGCCAAAUGGCUGGACAUGACGGCUCAUUGGGAGAAAACCAUGGCCCGGCGCUACAGAAAGGUGAAGCUACUGUGCCGGAAAGGGAUCCCUUCAUCUGUACGUGCCCUCUGUUGGCCUCUGUUGUGUGGAGGGCAGGCCAAGAUGGAGACAAAUCCUGGAAAGUACCAGGAACUGAACGAGGUACCUGGUGACCCUCAAUGGGUGGAGACCAUCACAAAGGACAUCCACCGCCAGUUCCCUUUCCAUGAGAUGUUCCUAUCGCCUGACGGGCCUGGGCAGCAAGGGCUUCUGCAGAUGCUGAAGGCCUACACUGUGUAUCGGCCCCAGGAGGGCUAUUGCCAGGCUCAGGGGCCACUGGCGGCCCUGCUACUCAUGCACAUGCCUCCGGAGCAAGCCUUCUGGUGCCUGGUGCAGAUCUGUGAGCACUACCUGCCUGGCUACUACAGCCCCGGGAUGGAGGCGCUGCUGCUGGACAGCGAAGUGUUUGUCGCCCUCCUUCACCGUGUGUGCUCCAAGGCACUGAAGCACUUGCAGAAGCACGGAGUGGGGCCUUUGCUCUACAUGACAGAGUGGUUUCUCUGCCUCUUUGCCCGCACUUUGCCCUUCCCCACUGUGCUGAGGGUCUGGGAUGCCUUUCUUAGUGAGGGGGUCAAGGUGCUGUUCCGUGUGGGGCUGCUGUUAGUCCGCUUGGCUCUGGGCUCCUCAAUGAAACUACGGGACUGUGCAGGACUGGUGGAGACCCUGGAGAAGCUGCGCAGUAUCCCAGCUCACCUCCUGCAAGAGGACACAUUCAUGGCUGAGGUGCACGAGGUGCCCGUCUCAGACCACGAUUUGGAACGUGAAUAUAGAAUCCAGCUGGCGAAGCUGCGUGCCACUCGGCCUGAAUUCCAAUACAACCCAGAACACCGUCUAUCUGGCGCAAAGGCCAUCUUUGAUGCACAGCAACUGGAGGAUGCGAAGAACAAUCAGGAGGUUCAUGGGAGCCAUACACAUACUUUCCACAUCCCCCAGAUCAAGAUUGAGCCACCCCGUUUAUCCCCCAAGGAGCAGAAGAAGCUGAAAAAGGCCUCCGAGGGCCAGAAAAAACAGCAGGCUAGGAAGAAGCCGGACACACAUGGAAAGACUUUCCAUGUCACGGAGCAGUCAGCUGGCACAGCAGAAGAAAAGAGGGACUCAGAAACUGGAAUGAGGAAGUCUUCCUUCUACCUGGAGACAUGGUUCUGAACAAGGGCACAGCAGAGCCAGGCCUCUGGGAGGAAAAACUCCCAGGACUCUGCCACACAACCCUGCCUCUAACGUACAAGGGAAGCUGAUCGUAGGUAGCAAAUGCAGCCUUGAAGCCAGUGCUCAGUUUCUAGAAAAAGAAAUUCUGAGGCACAAUACUUUAUUAUUUGGAAGGCUUCCCUUACCCCCCCCCAAGCUAUAUUGGACUACAACUCCCAGCAUCCUCAGCCACUGGAAGUUAUGGGAGUUGUAGUCCAACACAGCUGAAGGGCACUAUGUUAGAGAAGGCUGUGCUAAGCCCUGAUGUAUGGCAGUGUUUGAAUUACUUGAAGCCCAUCCUUCCUCCCCUUUAUGGCAGAUUUCUUUGCUACACUUUUAUGAUGAAUAUGAGUUGACUAGAAGUAGCGAGCUUCAUGUGUGCCAUUAAGGGUCCUUCUACAUGU